AUGAUCUUGGUUCAUGGCGAUCUCGGGUCAUUGGAGAAAAUUGAGACCAUCUUGCAGUCACGAUGCAUCGAAGAGGAUGUUUUGGAGCGUAUGCAUUAUCUGCUACCGAUACCUGGGCUAUUUCACGUUAGAAUGGCAUGUGUGGAUGCUAUUAAUAGGAUUCACACAAUGGGACACAACUUACGCAAUGAUCCAAAUGGCCUCUACAAAAAACUCGCCCAUCUCUUCCCCAAUGACGUUGCAAAACUCAACAAAAGCAUUCCCCCCUUCCGUAUGAUGAACGAUGGAAUAAUGUUCAUCACAAAGACCACGAUCCUCGAUGCUUGGACAGAGAACGUCGGUGGAGACCUUCGGAAUUACGUAGAAAGCAAACCUGAUUGGGAGGACAUUGAGAGAAGGGCAAAGACCAUUGUGUCUGCAUAUUUCGAAACAGACACAAUAUCAUCUGAUCAAAGACGUAACAAGGAGUGUGACGAGCGAUGGAUGAACCAGGUCCUAUUCAAUUGCGAUACCAUGUAUUACCGAAUCCUCGUUCAUGCAGUGAACUAUGGAAUGGUUGAUAUCAUCGUCGAUGUCCUCUCAUUCUGGGUGCCGGUGUUUCAGGCCUGUGGAAAACACAAAUAUGCGAAACUGUUAGAACUGGGCGGGAACAGACGACUCCGGAGUGGAAUCGGAGACUUAGCGUGGAGGGACCUUGGCCUCAGCGACUCAAGCGGAGCGCUGUGCCAUUGCUGUUUGUCCAUUUGGUCCUUAAUUUCACAGUAG